AUGCAUUCGAGCCACACCGAUGACCCCAAGGAAGCCAUACAGCUGAUCAAGAAGCAACUGGUGAAUGCCAUCAAGGCGUUGCAGAAGCAGUACGUGACCUCGGAUGCCAUCGUAACCAGCGACGAUGGGAACGCCAACACCCUCUGCAGCGCCCUGGAAGCUGUCUUCGUGCACGGGCUGAAGGCGAAGCACAUAAAGACGGAGAGUGGGGGGAAAGGAAAGAAAGGAGGAGGUCGGGGACCGCUUCCCCAGCCGGUCUUCUGGGGGCUGCUGAAGAGCAUCACCCAUCGAAAUAUUGUCUCAGAGCUGGAACAACUCAUCUUUAUCAAUACGGAUGUCGGCCGGUGCCGAGCCUGGCUGAGGCUGGCUUUGAACGAUGGCCUCGUGGAGUGUUACUUGAAGCUGCUUCUGCGGGAGAGGUCCCGGCUGCCCGAAUACUAUCAGGCAACCGCUCUGCUCUUAGACGCUGAAGAGUGCGAGUUUCUCCUUAGCUACUUGCAGGGCUUAACGUCCUUAACCUUCGAGCUCUCCUAUAAAUCGGCGGUUUUGAACGAGUGGACCAUCACCCCUCUGUCCCUGUCUGGUCUGUGUCCUGUUUCGGAGCUGCUGGAGCCCCUCACGUCCUCGACAUCCGAACCCUGCAGAAAAGCAUCGCUGGGUUCGAUUUCCCAAUCAUCAGGGUCAGAUGAAAUCGAGAUUCAACCCUCCGUCCUACCCAUUGGCAAAGCCAGCAGCAAAAUCAAGCUCACUUCGUCCUCGUUGAGCCUUAACACCACGAGCUCGUCCCAGCUCUCCUCCAGCCUGGGCUCCGACAGCACCCUGCCACCUCACUGCGCCCGCAGUCCCGAGCGGAGCGAGGAGCCGCUCUCCUGUGACUCCGACCUGGGGACGGCCACCGCCGAGGACCUGGACAGGUCGCUGCAAGAGGUGUUGUCCGAGUUCAGUAAAGCCAAGCCAAGCCUGGAAGCCCCGGAGGGAGGGCUGCUCCCCAGCGUGCUGAGCUGCUCCCCACGGCAGCCUGCCUGCCCCCCAGCCUCGCCACCCAUCCCCCCAGCACCGUGCCGCAGAGCUCGCCAGCAACCACCCCCUGACACCAAAACUCCAGGCUCCGCUCGGACGGGCGAUGCGGUGACCACCGGCGACGGUGAUGGAGAUGCAGCACCACAAGCCGGCGGCACAGCCGGCAUUUCAACCACGCAGCGUGGCGGUCCGAGCAGAGGAGAGAUGGGCAGAAACGGCACGGUCGGCAGCAGCGAGACAAGCCAGGCCGUCCGCAGCCCGACAGCCGAAUACCUCCUUUCUCCGCUGCGGGGUUGUCCAAAAAGAAAGAGCUGGAUCUCAGAAGAUGAUUUCUACAGACCUUCUCCAGGAGACAGGAGCGAAAACACGGCCAACACCAACGGCUUUGGGCCAGAGGGGGCUGGCGAGGGUCCGGCCCCAGGGCUGAUUAGCGCUCUUGAUUUGGAAAGGCUGUCGGUGCCGUCUUCAGAGAGCAGGAAGCCCAAAACGUCGCCCGAACGGGAGCAAAAGGGCUUCAGCGUUGUGCAUCGCAGGCAGAUGGGUCUUUCCAACCCUUUCCGAGGACUCCUGAAGCUGGGCAGCCUGGAGCGGCGAGGAGCCAUGGGGAUAUGGAAGGAGUUUUGCUGCGAGCUGUCGCCACUGGAGCUCCGGCUCUUCCUGGACCACGAGGACCGCAUCUGCGUCGAGAGCUACUCCCUGCUGCGGUGCGAGUCGCUGGCGCUGACGCACUCGGAUGGCCGUUUCGAGCUGGUUUUCCUGGGGAAAAAACUCUACCUACGAGCUCCUUCUCGAGACGAGGCUGAGGACUGGUUGGACAGGAUCCGUGAGGCGCUGCAGAAGUGCCGGCCUCAGGUGGAGGAGGAGGAGGAGUGGGAGACGCUGGAGUAUCCAGAAGAUGAUGGCGAAGGCCAACCCAUCCAGAGCGACUCCGCUGCUCUUCUCCAGUACAGCGAUGUGCCUGGGAACAGCUUUGACUGGACUCCAGCUCAUGAACCGGAGCUGGAUGCAAUAAAAGAGGCUGUUCUGUACAUGGACGUAGACAAAACCUGGGUCCCCUUUAUUUUUUCCCUGUCUCUAGAAACUUUAAAGUGUUUUAAAGUCAGAAACAAUGACAAAAUUUUAAGCAACAGUUACGGUAUAGAGACGAUCCAGGACAUCCUUCCAGACACCAGCCUUGGGGGACCCGCGUUCUUCAAGGUGAUCACCUCCAAAGCUGUCCUGAAGCUGCAGGCUGAGAAUGCAGAAGAAGCUGCCCUGUGGAGGGACCUGGUCCGAGAGGUGCUCAUGUCCUACCUGGAGGGCGCGGAGGAGGCGCUGACACUGGGUGGCAGCUUGGACGGACACUCCCAAGUCAUCCUGAAGAACAUCGUGAAGGAAAACAGCUUCUUGUUGCAAUACCUGGUGGCCAUCCCCGUGGAGAAGGGCCUGGACUCGCAGAGCUUCAUCUGUGCAGGCUGCUCCAGGCAGAUCGGUUUCUCCUUCGCAAAGCCCAAGCUCUGCGCCUUCUCCGGUCUCUACUAUUGCGACAGCUGCCACCGGGAUGACGAAACAGUGAUUCCCUCGCGCCUCAUCCACAACUGGGAUCUGACAAAACGAGGGGUUUGCCGUCAGGCUUUGAAGUUCCUCACCCAGAUCCGUAACCAGCCGCUGAUCGACCUGAAGCUGGUCAACGAGAGCCUCUACGACCACGUGGAGAGGAUGGGACGGAUCCGGCGGAGCAGGGAACAGCUGAAGCUGCUGGGAGAUUAUCUCAUCAUGUGCCGCAGUGGGGCCCUGAAGGAGCUGAGCAAGCGGCUUGAUCACAGGCACUACCUCUUGGAAUGUCCCCACAAAUACAGCGUCGCUGAUCUGAGGCAGAUAGCCGACGGCGUCUUUGAGACCUUCCUGCAGUCUCUGCUCCAGUUUGCUUCCCAUCACGUCUACAACUGCGACCUGUGCACCCAGCGUGGCUUCAUCUGCCAGAUCUGCAACAGCAGUGACAUCAUUUUUCCCUUCGAAUUUGACACUACCACCAGGUGA